CACUAGGGGAUGCCAUGAGCCUGGCUCCCUCAGCCUGGGCCACCAGGACCGUAAGCCAGGGGACGGGGCCAGCUGUUACCUCCCAGAACCGUCAACCCGGGCUCCUCGUGAUUGGCACUGGCUCCUUCCCAGGUGCUCGGCCUCUGGAAAACUGCCUGCCGUGCACAAAGCCCCGAGCCUGGCAGGGUGUGGCAUGAGAGGUGGGCCAGGCGCAGCAACGUCUUGGAAGGUAACCGGCCAGGCUGCUGUCAACUUCCGCUCACCAAGCCCACAGUCGCAGCUUCUUGGGCUAGAAGGACCCCCAGACCGGCUCAUCGUGGCUUCCUGUUUUAUCAUGGAGACCCAGGGCCCAAGGAGCGCAAGGGAGCAGCCCGAGGUCGGUCAGCUGCACCAAGUUUGCUGCAAGCCAGGAGAACUUGACCAGGAAAUCCCCAGGAUAUUGUAAUGCUUGACAGCCAAUCCAAUUAAUCAUCAACUCGGUAACAUGAUCUCUGGCCCAUAAAAAGGGAACCUGUUGAGUCUUUGGAAACCUGACCACUGGCCUUCACCAGACAGCUCCCUGCAGACCCAGGGACCUGUGCCCAAGGACCCAGGCUGAUGGGAGCCCACCUCUGCUCCGAGGCCUCCGCUGAGGCUCCGCGAGAGGCACUUCGCUUCCACGAGGACGCCAAGGGCGCGCAGGUGCAUCUGGACGCGCGGGGCUGCACGGCGUGCAGGCGCGCCACGUUCUACGACGGCAUCGUGUUCAGCCAGCGGCCGGUGCCCCCCGGCGAGCGCGUGGCGCUGCGCGUGCUGCGGCAGGAGGGCGGCUGGUGCGGGGGCCUCCGCGUGGGCUUCACGCGCCUGGACCCCGCGCGCGUGUCGGCGCCCAGCCUGCCGCCCUUCGUGUGCCCGGACCUGGAGGAGCAGAGCCCGACGUGGGCGGCCGUGCUGCCCGAGGGCUGCGUGCUCCCCGGGAACGUGGUCUGCUUCUGGGUGAACCGCCGAGGCCGCCUCUUUGCCAAGGUCAACGCGGGCCGCCGGCUCCUGCUGCGCAAGGACGUGCUCGUGGGCGCCCCGCUCUGGGCGGUGAUGGACGUGUACGGCACCACCAAGGCCAUCCAGCUGCUGGGUGAGACUAUAGAUCCCACAGCCAGCCUGUGUCCCACAGCCAUGCCCGCGGUCCCCACUGAGGAGGCUGUGCCUGAGCCCGAAGUCACCCAGGGGGACGAGUGCAUCAUCUGCUUCCACCACGCUGCCGACACCUACCUUGACCCCUGCGGCCACUCACACUUCUGCAGCUCCUGUGCCCAGCGGAUCUUCAGGGAUACCGCCACAUGUCCUGUGUGUCGCUGGCAGAUCCAGGCAAUAGCCACACUGUGGUCACUGAGGACUGGGGAAGGCUCGUGAGAGAGGCUUCCAGAUGCAGCAGAUUGGACCUCGCUCUGCAGAGGGAGCAGGUGCAGCCCAGCCUCAUCCUGGCUGAGGGUCAGACAGCCUGGCCAGCCCCGGGCAGGACAGAGAGGGAUGCAGGGGGCUGGUGGUCACUCUACUUGCUCUUUCCCCAGUGGAAGUUGGGCUCGGGCCAGUGAGCAAGGAGAAACCUCUCUGCUCACUCCAGGUAUCCCUCCCAGGGUGCUGUAUGCAGAGAAGGUAGCCUGAGUCCUCACUCUAUGGCCAAGGUUGCUGUUUCUGUCUUGCAGGCCCAGGGUGUUGAAGACCUGGAGCAGGGAGUCAUGUCUGUAGGACGUAAUGGGUCACCUCCCUCAAGUGCCCCCUACAAAGUAAUCUGUAGUUAUCUCUCAGGGUGCUUGUGAGGUCGUGAUGAGAUUGCGCUUGAAAGUGCACUGUACUUAUGAUUUCUUUAACAAGUCUGAAAUACCACAAUAAAAUUU